AUGUCCACACUCGCUAGAGGGUCACGUCACCCACUGUUUAGAAACAAUAGGACAAAUAGCCUAGACUUGUUUCUUAUUUUUCAUAUCACCGUCAAUAGUUUUCUCAUCUCCCUAUUUCCGAUUUUCUCUCUUUCUUCUUCAAUAACUUUACUUUUUUCGCAUUCAAUUUAUAAUUUCCGGCUUUCUACUUCUAUCUAUCUAUCUAUCUAUCUAUCUAUCUAUCUCAUUCUGUUCAUAUCUAUCUAUCUAUCUAUCUAUCUAUCUAUCUAUCUCAUUCUGUUCAUAUCUUUUAUCUAUCUAUCUCUAUCUAUCUAUCUAUCUAUCUAUCUAUCUAUCUAUCUAUUCAUUCUGUUCAUAUCUAUCUAUCUAUCUAUCUAUCUAUCUAUCUAUCUAUCUAUCUAUCUAUCUAUCUAUGUCUUACUUUUACUAUUUGAGUUUAAAGAAUCGGAUCAUGGCGAUGUGAAUAACUUCAUUGACAUGGAAGGUUCAUCACUCUCUCUCUCUCUCUCUCUCUAUCUAUCUAUCUAUCUAUCUAUCUAUCUAUCUAUCUAUCUAUCUAUCUAUCUAUCUAUCUAUCUCAGAAAGUUAAUCUCUCUCUCUCUCUCUCUCUCUCUAUCUAUCUAUCUCAGAAAGUUAAUCUCUCUCUCUCUCUCUAUCUAUCUAUCUCAGAAAGUUAAUCUCUCUAUCUAUCUAUCUAUCUAUCUAUCUAUCUAUCUAUCUAUCUAUCUAUCUAAUCUAUCUAUCUAUCUCAGAAAGUUAAUCUCUCUCUCUCUCUCUCUCUCUCUCUCUAUCUCUCUAUCUAUCUACUAUAGAUUUUGCUUAAUAGGAUAA